AUGUGUGAAGAGCUUGGGAAGGAUGUUGAGAUGUGUGGGGAUCUGGUGAAGGCGCAAAGGGCCAUGAGAAAAGCAGCAAAAAAAAGAAAGGCCGAAGGUAUGGAAACAGGUGACACUGGGGAUGUCCCUGAAGAUGAAGAUAGGGAGCACAAGGAUAACCAAAGUGAAGAAGAUCGGGAUUCGGGAAAUGAACGUGCCCGGGGCCGUGGAAAAGGGCGCGGGCGCGGCAAAGGGCGCGGCAAAGGCCAUGGGAAAGCUGGGAAGGGUCGUGGGAAGGGCAAAUCGAAGAGCAAACACCCUUGCAAGUCUAGUGCAGGAUCUACCACUCAUGUCAAGUGCCCCAAGCCUGCAUCCAAAGAAGUUCCUGAAGAAAGUAAGCCAAAGACAGAAGAGGGCAAGAACAAAGACCUAGAGAAAGAACCUAAGAAAAAGUCGAAGGAACAGCUGUCGAAGGAUUCUGUUGAGGUCACCAACUACAAGAAGCUCACUGACGUGGCUAAGAACUGCGAGGUCUUGGCGGCCUCGUUGCCCAAGCUCCCGCUAUCUGCAAAGUCGUUCACAGUGCGGCCUCCCGAUACAGAAGUUUCCAAAGAUCCAUCGGCUGUGGGAGUCUUGUUGACCACUGCUGGGUUCUAUGUGUAUAGUGCGUCGGAGGUGACCGUGAAGGAGGUAAAGAAAUUCCAUGGAGUCCCAGAAAAAAAGUUGAACAUCAACAAGAAGAAACCACCGGGAUGUUCUAUCUACUGGAACACCUAUGGUGGACCAGCUGAAGCGUGGAAGAUCGCAAAGAUGAUCGCCCGUUGGGAGCCUGUCGGAGAAGCACCGUGGGAAAUGUCAGUCUCCCCCCUUUCGCCUAAUGAAGCCGAUGACCCUGCAGAUGUUGACUAG